AUGUCUGAGGCGACCACGGGACCCAGACUCGAACAUUCUCUUCCUACUAUGCUCAAAAAUCCCGCAGAGAAAGAACCCGAGCUCCAACCUGCUACUCUGUCUCAACCUACUGGGGCGACCAGUCUCGAUCACAAAGCCAGAACCAACUCCGCCUCAUCCUCUCAUGAGGUCCUUGAGACUAGAAACGCUAUCGUGUUUGAUCAUUGCUCUUCUGAAAACUUCGAGUCUGCAUUUGAGGAGGGAUCUGACACAUUCUUCUCAAAUGGUUCCAGCUCGUCUUCACCUAAUAGCUUGUCCCCAGACAGCCUUCACACAACCUUUCCAGAGAGCAACAUGUUGAAAACAAGCGUUUUGUUUGACGAUUCGUCCGAGAAAAAACCGAGUUCUCAAUCAGUCUCUAUCUCGGAUACAUCUUCUCAGUCUGAUUCCGAAGCAGAAACAGUUGUUUUGUGCAACCCUGCAGCGAACCAUGACCUUGACACAGUCUCUCCCAACAACCUCGUCCCGGAAGAGCUCAGCGCUUUGUCCGGCAAUUGCACUCAGGAGAAUCCUAAUGCCAAAAGCCGCGAAACUCCAGAUUCUGCUAGUGACGAUGACUCUGACACGUUCUCCCCAGUCGGCCCCCGCUCUCUCUCGUCUGCUAGCUCUAGAUCAUCGCAAGCCCCCCUCGACAUUGAUGAUGAUGAGCCAAACAUCUCGAAAGGCUCUCACUACAUUUGUGCCUACGCUUCUCCUGUUCAAAAUGGCCAUCGCAUUAGAACCAGCUGCGAUAGAAAUGACGACACUGGUAUCUGGCAUGUUGAACCGGAUGGAUUUAUCAACGAAGCUAGACGGGCCGGAGGGCCAUAUCUUUGCGCUUUCCCAGUCCAAAUGCGAAAAUUGAAACCCGAGGACCCCCUGAGAGACCUCGUCGAGGAUUGCUUUAUCCUUCGAAAAAUUAGCUCAAUCCUUGAGGAACAUAAUAUCCGCCCGCUCUAUAUGAGGCUUAGGGAGUGCCAGCACACAAAGGACUUUUUCAAUUUUGUGCCUACUUUAAUCUUCUCUGCCAUCCGUACCACCGUUGACAACUCUUGGAUCUUGGCAUGUCGCCAGAUCUGGAAGCACUUUUCCGACAUUGGUCUUGGACAAGUCAACAUCGAAAUAUCAGACCUGGAUGUGAACACCUUUUUCUACCGGCCAAUGCAAGAAUCCGAUCCCAUUUGGCCAGUGCACGGGGAAUUAAAACGCAAAAUCAUGGCCACGGUUGAUCUGACGGAUAUGACCAUGCUUACAGCAGGGCCAGUGGGAAUGAGCCAGGAUGAGGAGAAGCUACUGCGGGCUGUGGUGAUGUGCGUUAAAUAUCAAAGCAAUCGAGACUGGCGCAACACAAGGGAUCAGAUUGUGCACAUUCUGGAUGAGUUCAAUCUUCCCAUGGUAGGGGUCAUUAUCAUGAAAGGCGAAAAUUCAAGAGGGUGA